AUGGAACUGCGUCGGAAAAUUGCCUUGCGUGUUAUGCCCCUCUUUCUGGUGGGUUUUCUACUCACGGUGGGCGAGGCGUAUCUGAAGAGUGUCCGAGUGGACGAGAUUCCCUUUGCCGGAAAACAGAUCCAGGCAAGUCGCCGGUCCAGUGGCAUCCACCUGAUCUCGAGUCUGGAGCAUCAGCGCACAUUUCUGCACCUGUUCCAUGUGCCGUACAUAAUUUGUUUUUACGCCGCCAAGGGAAAGUGGCCCUAUGUGCCGGGAUUUAUGAAAUACCGAGUUGACAAUGCGGCUCGUAGUUUUUUCCACCAGAACGACAGUUUCAUCAAACAGUUUUGCACCAAGUGGAUACAGGUGAAGGAGUGCUUUCGACCAUUGUUUGAUAAAUCAAACACCACCAUAGAUGCAGAAAUUGAGACCCUGGACGUAAAGGUUCAGGGGCAGAACACACGUUGCAACUGCGACAAGUUGCUCCUUUCAACGGAGGCUCCUGUGCCGGUUGUCUAUUUCGAUAAGAACUACAUAGGAAAUGUGAGCUCGGAAACAAUUAUGAACACCAUAGAGUUUCUGGAGAGUUUCUUGCCACCACCUACCAAAAAACACAAGCGGAAGAAUCGGGUGCGUGGACGCCUGGAUGAUAUUGAUAUUAAUUAG